CCUCCCCGCGCGGAGCAGCCCGGAACCUGCUUGGCUCGCAGGCCGGGCGGGCGGCGCAGCAGCGGUCCCUGGCGGCGGCCGCCGGGGCGCGCCGGGGCGGCGGGGCGCGACCGCUGCCCGCUGCCCGCUGCCGAGCAUGGAGGAGGACGAGGGGGCGGCCGCAGGCGGGGAGCAGCGGCGCCGCCGCGCCGCGCCCGGGCUGGGACCCGAGCGGCCCCCCAGCCCCAGCCGCCUGGAUGUGAGCUCCAGCCGCUUCGACCCGCUGCUGGCGCUGUACUCCGCCAGCACGCCGCUGCCCUUCCCCGGCGCGCCCUGCUUCAACAACCUGGCCGAGUACGAGAGCUUCCAGCGGGGCCUGCUCCGCCCGCGCGGCCGCCGCGCCGCCGCCGCCCGCCGCGGCCCAGGCGCCGCGACCCGCGCCGCCCGCCGCGGCCCGCCCGCCGCCGACCCCGAGCGCAUCCAGCGCCUCCGCAGCCUCAUGGUCAACGCGGGCCCCGAGCAGGGGGCGGCCGAGAGCGGCGCCGCGGCCCGGCGCAGGCGGGCGCCGCGCAACGUCCUCACCAGGAUGCCCCUUCAUGAAGGCAGCCCACUGGGGGAACUUCAUCGCUGUGUCCGAGAUGGUGUAAAAAUCAACGUCCAUAUCCGCACUUUCAAAGGGCUUCGUGGAGUCUGCACGGGGUUUUUGGUUGCAUUUGACAAGUUCUGGAAUAUGGCCCUGACAGAUGUGGAUGAGACAUACAGGAAACCAGUACUGGGCAAAGCUUUCUAUGUUGAACCUCAGCUCACUUUAACCAGGCUGUUUGACAGACUCAAACUGCAGGAGUCCUCAGCAAAGAAGGGAGCUGACUCAAAGACUGUCUCAGAGGAGCUAGUCCUGACAAAUGACUCUCAGAUGCUUGGAUGGAAAGCUGGAUCAGGACGAGGGAGAGCAGAAGAUGAGCGCGAGAGGCAAAAACGCUUGAGCAGAGCUGGAGAAAAGAAGAUGCCAGGUGACAGUUUGCAUCUGGCUAUCAGAGGUGAAGCUGAUGUGGGUAGCGGGACUGCCCACACAGAGGGUGCCAGUGCUGGUGGUACCCAUGCAAGAAGCCAGUCACGGAGAAAGAAGAGGCCCAAGGUGGAUUAUCAACAGGUGUUCACACGCCAUAUAAAUCAGAUUUUUAUUCGAGGAGAGAAUGUCUUGCUUGUCCAUUUAGCGCACUGACUUGGCUGAGCCUUGGUCAGUGUAUUUAUUUGAUAGCAUGAACUGCCGCUAUAGCUCUCAUUGCUAUUUAGCAUUCUUGUUAAGUAUCAUGGUACUCUGACUGGUUUCCUGCUGCCAUAACAAGGUAGUUCUAACUGGGGCAUCUUGAGCUUGUUGCCAAAGCAGCCUCCUUAGGUCUUUGUUGGGGGAGGUCUCAGGACAAGUUCAGCAACACACUUGUUUCUGUGAGAUGAGGGAGAUGAGCACAGAUCCCAGUGCUCCUUAAAAAGAAGCUCAAUGAAGAGAGUUGGAAGAGAGUUUUGCUGUAGCCGGUUAUAGGAGCUAAUUGUGGCACACAUUUAAGGAGCAUAAAUUUAGACCUCCACCUGAAGUGAGUCACUAAUGCUGUAUAUUUCACAUGUUCUGAGUAAUCUCAAGAGAAGAUUACUGGUGAAACCAAUGGUUUAUCUACCGUUGUUAUAUGGAUGCGUUCUUUUCCAGACGUAAUUCCAGUAGUCAUUUUGAAAUAGUAUAUAAAAAGGUGGAAUGACAUACUUCUGAUGGCUGUUAGCCUCUUCAUAGUUAGCUCUGUAAUGCCCUGCAUGAUAGAAAACCUCUUCUUAAUUAAAAACUGCUUUUUUUCUGUGAAUGAUGGCAAGAUUUUAAUUUUUUGGUAUCAAAGCUUAUGCUCCUAUUUGCUGUGCUUUUGCCCUGUGUCACCAGCAAGCAGCUAAUGUAGCCGAUCCAGGGACCUCCAUAUUUGGACUUUAUCUGUGAUUGUUGUGGAUGCAUAUCGAAAAUCGUAUUUUUAUCUUUCAUCCAUUUGCUACUUGGUGUAAUAGUGAAGUUUGAAAAGCUGUACGUUUUCUCAGAUUUGAGUGUUUGUGCUGAGCACAGUUGUACUGUAUCUAAGCGCCUUUCGACUUCCCUCUCUUGAAACUAGAGGUGCUGCCUCUCCAGUGGUUCUCACGGAGCAGAAAUCUUUGUCUUUCCUAUCUGUGUGAAUGAUGUGGCUUCUAAUUCCAGUUGAACUGAGCUUUGGAGGUGUGCCUGAGGUUGUUUUGAAGUAUAAAAGUUUUAAGUCAAACCCAGCUCAUCAGUGGUUUAUUUUAGCAGUGUUCUUAAGGUACUAUAGAUCAGGCCUGGCUUCUGCAGGUAUAAAUUGCUUUCCAAGAGCUACAUAAAAAGUUUGAGUCUAAAUGAAGCUGUUAAUAUCUAGUCUGAUGUCAAAUGACACUAGAUUUCACCCUUCUGUUCUUGUAUUCAUCUCAAUUACCUUGUGCUUUGCAGCAGCUCCUGUAUUUCAAAUUAAGUUAGAAAAUUGCUAGGACAAUGGUUAGAACUGGCAAUGGGUAAAACAACUUUUUGGUGCUUUGUAGCAGGUCGCGUACUGCAUAAUGAUGUCGUAAGUCCUCAAACUGAAUGACUGUACUCUUCAGUGACAUGUAUUUCUGUUGUUACAAAUGCAGCAUGCUGCUUGCUUGUCAUUAGGAGUGUGUCUGGUGCUUGGGGAAUUGUAGAAAUCAUUUAGCAGCAGUUUCUGGACACACAGAGCAGGUGUAUGCCUCUGGGGGAGCCUGAAACUUUCAUGUCAACAUUUCAGAUGGCUAGGGGCUUGGAUGACUGAUCAGCUCAGCCACUGAGCUGCAAACCCAACUUCAGUGUGGCACAAAAGUGCCUAAAUAAAAGUACUAUUGAGGCAGUUUCGUCAAUAGAAUAAAUGAAUAUCUACAAUUUCUUAUUAUGUACAGCUUCAUUGCUGUAAUCACUUCCUACUCUGAAAUAAGAUUAGGUGCUGAAAAGACUCUUCCCUUGGAGGCUCUUGCCUCUGUUCCUUUGGGCUGUGCCUGUUUGUGUGGUCCACUGUUCCCCCCUGCCCCCCGGCCUUUGUCUCCUCAGGACAUUUCUCGCUAAAGUCUGGUUUAGGAAGAUUGUUGUUGUAAUCAUCCUUAGCUCUCUUGGCUUUCUGAACCUUGCUUGGUUGGCUUUCUAUGUGGUCAUCAGCCAACCAGAACCCUCACAAAUUAUUAGAAAGUCUGGAAGCUAGAAACAAGGGACUCAUUUCUCCUCUUGACUUCUCAUCAGCUUUUACUGCAAAGCAACAUUUUUCUUUAUUAAGUUUUUGAUUGUGGGUUUUUUUCCCCCCUGCUUUCUGAUGCUUUGUUUUUAUUUCAGUUGCUGAGAUGACCACCUCUGCCUCUUCUAUUAGUGUAUGCCAAAGGCUACUGGCUUUGACACCUCCCCUUUCUUUCAUGCUUGACCAAAGGAUGUCAUACCAUCACUCAGGCCCAUCAUACUAUGACAUCUAAGUGAAUUCUUGCUUUUCUUUACCUCAUAUUCUUUUUCUCUUUCUGUCUCACUAUUUUAUACUGCCUUGUGCAUUAAAUAAGACAUGUUCCUCUUGUAGCUACACUGCCCACUUUCCUUGUCAGUUGACACUUCACCAAGUUUUCAGUUGCUACUAGAAAUCUCAGUGCUUCCUUCCAUCAGAAGGUUUUUCUCUGUUCUUCCCAACAUGAAAUCUUGCAGGUGUAUGUUGCUUCACAUCUACAAGUUUUCUUCUUAGGUUUCAUGAAAAAUGCUGGUGCUUAAACUUGAGUUUGUGCCUUGAUUUUUUUAUAUCACCACUGAUCCGCUCUUCCAAAAUAGUUACGUUAGUCAGCAAAUCUGGUUCAGAACCGUAUGGUUUGUCUCUUUCUUGCUCUACCUCAUUAUUAAACUGCUUCUCCUCUUUUCUCCUCGUUUUCUCAUCUACUGUGGAGUUGAUUAAAAGUCUCUCUUCCAUUUUCGACUUAUGUUUUAUUUGGUGGUCCUUCCUUUGUUUCCUAGUUUCUUAUCUGCCUCUUUCAUUAUUUCCAAGCUGCUUGCUGAAUACAGCCCCUUCUACAACUUCAGAUUUUUGGACGUGUCUUCCUUUUCCCUCCCUUUUCUGACACUGUAUCAUUUUAAAGCCCAUUUUCAAAAUACUAUUUUAUGAAUUUUGUUUCUUUCAAGCAUAGUGUUUGAUUGUGACUAAGCAAGUGAGCUUGUAUGUGUUUUGUCACUUGCAUGUUUAAUCCUUCAGAUAAAGUUGCUCUUUAAAUAAAAUUGAAUGUGAUACUCUGGAAUGAAGUCUUCUACCUCACUUAAGUAUUCAUGUAAACUUAUGGGAAAAAAACCCUUGGAAACAAUGUUUUUUUUAUUCUUUCUGGUUAUUUCUUUCAUUGAUUUUCCUUUUCCAAACUCAGCAUAAAAUCCAAGUUCUUUGUUCGAGAAGCUGUCUGCUCCUGCCAUUCCUUUAUUGCAGCAGUGUCACAAGCAGAUGAUGUGAGCAUAGACAUCUGAAGGUACUGUGCUAAAGAAUAAACUGCAGAGGCAGGAGGUAAUCUUAAGAAACAAAGAACUGUGUGAAAGUGAAAAAGUUUUGGGCUCAGCAUAAAGGACUCCCUGGAAAGGGUUGAUACACUGGUUGUAUUCUGUCCAGUAUUUUGGGGACAUUUUUCAGCCUGAUGGGCAAUAGUGAUACCUCACAAUAAACAUGCUUUAGAUACCAAAUUAUUGCAAGGAACAAAGUCUUUUGAACUACCUUUAAAGAAGGGUUGUGAAAAUUUGAGAAUAUUUAAGAAUCACUUCUAUAAUACUAGACACCUGCAGAAAUGACUUAAUGAAGUAUUCUUGGAGUUGAAGUGUGAGGUCAAAUAUUUCUUACAGCGUCAUCAUACAUCUCUUCAUUGCCAACACAGUUCAGUGGGGAGCAAAAUCUCAUGGUUUCUUUAAGAAUGACUGUUUUCUUUGUAUGGUGAUACAAUUCUGUAGACCUUUCUAGUAUAGUCUGAAUGGGAUUUUCAUAGGACCAUGGCAUAAAGUCCAUCCAUGCUGUGGGAAAGUAGGGAAAAAGUGAUGAGUGGAGAUGGACUGAGAGCCGCUGUGUUAGCUUUGUUAUGGAUAGCAUGAAUAGGAUUAUUUCUUGGGAAACCCUUUUGCACAGGUGCUUCAUUUUUAUCACACACUUCUUAAAUAGGCCUGUGGUAGUAGUAUAAAUAAGGUCAAAGGAACAAAAACAGCUUGUAGAAAGUGUGGUUGUAGUUCCUUCUCUCAAUUGGCUAGUCCAGCUUUUGGUUAUUGCCUGAAAGUUUUCACUGGUCCAGAGACAGGUACUUAGCAUCUCCUCACGAGGUUGUUACUGAAGCAGUCAGUAAGUACAGUUUUCCAUCUGUUUCUUGUCCUUCAGUUCUUGGAUUCAUUGUUUCUGUUGCAGCUUUCCCUUCUGUAUCAUUUGGAAGCAGGGCCAGGUGCCUCAGCAGGAGUAGGCUCGACUGCCUGUUUUUUUUCCCCUCCCUAAGGAAUGUUACCUAGUUCAGUUUUGCAUCCAGAUAGCUGGAGGUGAUUGUUAAAAUUCAUACUUUUCUCUGCAAGAGUAUGGCAGGCUUUUGGAAUUAAGUAUUUGGUCACAAGAACUAUUUAUCUUGGAUCUGUUGGAGUAAACUGAUCCUUUACUUUUUUCUUUCCAGCAGCUCUGGAUUUUCCUAGUUUGCUGUUGUAAAUGUUCAUUUGCACCUAGCAGUGGAAGAAGUUGUCUCCAGGAAAAAAAAAUGCAAAGGCAAAAGCUGUCUAAUUUUUGUUGAACUUGGCAUUUUGUCCAACACACUGUGCACACUGUUAUCCUUUCUGUUGUUCUCCUGGAAUAAGGAAUUUCUGUGUAGACUUUAGAAGCCAGACUUAAGGCCCUAAAUCUAUGUGAUAGACCUAAAUGAGCCAGACUUAAGGCCCUAAAUCUAUGUGAUAGACCUAAAUGAGCCAGGUAGAAACACUGAUAUCACCCAGAGUCUUGAAAUGCAGUAAGAUAGCAAACUGUGAAAACACUAAGUUUCUGAAGAUGUUUAUCUCUAAAGAAACUUUCUGUCUUUGAUUAAACGGGUCAGGAUUAUAAUCACCAGCUUAAACUGAAAGCUCUGCAACUGGUUAAAAUUGCAUGACACAGUACUACGCAUUGCUAAGAGGCAAUGCAGCAACGGUAGCAAAGAUGCAGCGAUUCCUUCAGCCAGACAAGCUCUUUCCUGAGAAGCUGUUGAAUAAUAUGUUGAUGUCUGCUUCAAAGCAUGACUGCAAAAUACUGUGAAUUCUGCUUGCAUUGCAAAGUGUGAAAUGUCAGUGCUAUAAUGUGCAUCUUCUGCAGCCCAGAACUGUUUCAGUUCAUGCUUUUGCUUCUUGAGAUUGGCCUCAAAAUCUGAAGCUUGUACUAUAGCAAUCCUAAGACUACCUUUGCUAAAACAUGAUGAAAAGCUAAUACUUACUAGAAAUGGUAUUGAAAACUGAAGGGAUUACAGAAUUUGUGGAAUUAUGUGAUACUGCCUGAUACAGUGAGUAAAGGUCAUAUUGUCAUAAUUAAGGUGUUACAAACCAAAAAUCUGUAUUUAUUCUCAAAAGAUGUUCUCAAGAUUCACAGGUGGAAAUGUAUGAAGCCACCAUUGGAAGAAGAGAGGCUAAAGAAAUAUUUCCUGUCUUCCAGUGAAGGGAAAGAUUUGAGGUAAUCUUUCUACAGUGAGAUAGUCAUUUCAAAGCUAGUUCUCUCAUGCCUGAUGGCAGGUGGGCCUAAACAGGCCAAGAACCAAAGUUAGUUAUGCACUCACAGAAAAACAGAGCUCAAGGAGACACAGGUCAGUUUGCAGACUUGAGCAUAAACAACUUAACUUUACAAUGAGAGUUUCCAGCGAGAAGCAGCUCGAGUUUACAGUCCUCAGACGUCUACAGCAUUAGCUCCAUGCAGUUUUCCUGGUGAUACUAUCUUCACAAGUAACAAGACAGCAAAUUCGAGGACUCAUGAAGUGCUGUCCUGUAUUAUCUUGCUUGGGUCUUGUUCAUGAAGUUGCAGUGAGCUUAGACGAGAGGCCUGACUGGGGGGAUGGAGGGAGAAAGGGGUGUCCCGAUGCAACAGGAAAUCAGAGAGGGCUUCCUGCAGGAGAGAGACGUAACCUCUUGGAAAUACUCUUCUAGCUAGUGAGCUAAAAGUCUAGCAAAGGAGGAGAGAGUCUGAGUUGAGCUUUAUUUUUUAAUUUACCAAAAAUAUUAAUACUCUGGUAAGGUAUACUUGGACCAAAAGAUAAGAAUGCACUUAAGUUUUCAUUCAGAAACUGUAACUCUCAGACUUUUUCCAGCAAUGCCUGUGUCUCACCGUCGGAUAAACAUUACAACUUUUUAAAAAACUACAGCACUGUUCAUGUAGUCAGCAACGUGCAUUUCAUACCUAAGAAGGUGCUUUUAAAAGCCACUGUCGUUUGAAGGAAACACCCAUUUUCAGGAGGUUACAUUUCUUUUCUUCUGUCCUGCCUCUAUAGCCUCGAUGGAAUUGAGGUUAGAACUUCCUUGGAAAGGACAAACACUUGCCAAAAAUUCACAGCUCUUUCUGUCACGCUUUGCCAAUGUAUUGGAAGGAAAAAAGCAUCCAUGAUCACGUGGUAGAAAUGAUAUGAGGAAGCAGCUCUUACCGUUCAAAAGCAUCUAUUGCUGCCACCUUUAUUGGGCAUUAGCAGCCCGGGCAGGAAAAAAACAGCGAAGCCACUUGUGAGGAGGUAAUGCGAGGGGUCCGUGGUCCUCCCUCCAUACUGGCACUGCAGGAUUAGUGCCCGUGAUGAACACUUUCCGUGGUGGAAGAACAGUGGGUAGUCUACUGGAGCGUAGUAUGUGCCGCUCUCUAUAUUUUCCCAACUGUCAGCUGAAAGUGGAAGAAUAGGCCAAGAAAAAGGAGGUAAGAGAAAAUACCUUACUUGACAGUAGCUUCUGUAAAUGAGAGGUCACUUUUUAGCCUUCGCAGCUUCUGCCUAUACACUUUGGUGCAAUUUGGCCGGCGUUGGGCUGCACGGGUGACACAGGCAGGGUGGAGGGAGGCAGGUCUGGUGUCUGUUACUUUGUGAACGUUUCACAGCACGCGAGCUGUGCCCGUAGAGUCCCUGCCGGCCUCCGUCCCUAGUAACUGAUGUGUUUGAUCCUGCCUCUCCAAUUUUGCAGAGGAAACCCAGUGGGAGAAAAAACGAGUGAGCAAAUUUCCUCUUUUGAGGCAGGGAUAGUAGGAGGCUUGGUUGUCCUUGUUCCUUUCCUGGGGGUGCAGGAGAAGGGACUACUUUAGUGGAGGACUGUCAGGGAUGGCUUGUCUCGUGAUGUUUACAAGUCCUUUUAGAUGUCGCUGUAAGUGCUCGUGCUCUUAGCUGACAGAAAUGAAGGCCUGUCAGGGAAGGAAAAUGGCUUCUGAUGUUCCUGGAUAAUUCUUUUAUUAGCUGCUAGCUUCAUAGUGUACAUCGGAUGACUUAGCUGAAGAAAAUUAGUACACCUGAGACUUUCAGUCAGUCUUGUAUUCAUUUAGAAUGAAAAGUGGUUUGAUCAGCUUGUGUAAAAACAUAUCCAUCCUUUUUUCCUCUCAAAAGAUCAGUGCUCUCCCUCAGGAAAGAAAUGAAAGCUGUUGCUGCUCCUUUAGCAAUUGCUUCUGAUUUCCACUGCUUCAGAGCAAAGUGCAGCUGUAUCAUUGUAUCUUCUGCUUGACAGACCAUUCUGAGAUUUGAAAAUGAGAGAAGUGUUCCCUUUCUUUAGGACUAAAAUGGGCAUUAUGAGGGGAGUAGUUGUGUUGACCUCUUUGCCGAUGGUGCAUGCAUCCAAUAUAGCUGCAUGGAUUGGGACUUGUUAAUUGAUUAGUAAUUUAUAAAACUUCCUAAAUGAAACACAGAAGAACAGCAUGACCUACCAGACUAACAUGGGAUUGGAGUCAGGUGCUCACAAAUUCUGAUCUCACUACUGCCACUUGCUCACUGUAUGGCCUUUGCAAGUCACCUUCCCUCUCUCUCCCUUAGGCUCCACAGCUGUAAGGCAUCUGAGAGCAAUCUUUGCCUGUCUCGCAAGGAUUUUGGGGAGCAGUGAGUGCUGUAAAACUGCUACAUAUUGUUAUUAAAACUAUAAUAUAUCAGGUAAUGCAGAUACAUAGAUCAUCUGCCCUCUUCAGGCACUUGACUGUUAGCCUUAUGUCUUGACACACUAAAAUGUGCAGGAUGUCAGGUACAGCGACACACACCAGUCUUGAAACUACUUGUGUCUUCAAGGUCAGAUUUGGUAACUUCAGUAUCUAUUUCACAGCUGCAAUACCAUGUUUUGGUCAAAUGGUGAUAAAUGGGAGUGUAACUCGUUUGUAUUUCCUUUGUCUUCCUAAAUAUUUUGUUUAUUAGGAAGCUGAUGCUGCUAUGAACAUACUGAAUAAUAUGGAAUUUGCAAUAUUCUGCUUUCUAGAUAUAAAUAUUUAUAUUUAACAGUGCUAAAACUGCAAUGCAAUAAAUAUAUCCAUGUAA